AUAGCCAUUAGAGUAGUGGUUUAUCCGUUGGGAGGAGAAACGCGCAUUUUCUCGAGAAGGUUAUAUUCUUCAUAUAUACUAAAAUUUUCUUCAUAGCGAUUUUAGUUAUAUGUACUAAUUCCGAGCUUGAAUUGUUGUUUGUGAACAUCGCGAGUAAACUCCCGACUUUCCUUGUAUAAUCGGUAACUUCCAUUUUUUUUUUUUUUUUGUGAAAAAUCCUAAAUUGGGUUGUUCUAAUCUUAUCCCAUUUUUAGACAGUCUGGAAUUAUAUUACAAGUUUUUGGGUUGUUCUAAAUCCAUGCUAUUCCUAGACAGAGUGAAAUUGUAUUGCAUGUUACAUGUUUGCUGAAUUGCGUCAAUGGCUUUUUCUUCAUGUCUGAAGUGUCAUCCUUGGAGUCUCCCCCAAAAUGUAAAACACCAACAUCCUCUUUCUUCCCCUCCAAAGCUCUCAAAAUUUGUUUCUUUGGCCUCCACACGACACCAUGAAAAGCUUGCUUCAAUCUCAGUUUCAAGUUCACCUUCUCUCUCUUCCCUUUCCGUCUCUCCAACCCAUCAGCUCGCACCUGAUUUCACCCCGAAGGAUCUCAUCCACGCCCUCCGUUGCCAAAUUGACGAAACAUCAACACUUAGUCUCUUUGAUUGGGCUUCAAAACAGCCUAAUUUCACUCCCACUUUGUCCAUAUAUGAGGAAAUUCUUCGAAAGCUCGGAGAAAUGGGAUCUUUGGACUCCAUGAGACUUGUGUUGGAGGAUAUGAAGCAUUCUCGGUGUGAGGUUACUCAAGGUACUUUCUUAAUUUUGAUUGAAAGUUUUGUGAAAUUGGAUUUAUAUGAUGAAGCUACUGGUGUUCUUGAUAUGAUGGAGGAAGAAUUCGGGUUGAAUCCGAGUACACAUACUUAUAACUUUUUGUUGAAUGUUCUUGUUGAUGGAAAUAAGUUAAAGUUAGUUGAAACUGUGCAUUCAAUGAUGUUAAGUAGAGGAGUCAAACUGGAUGUUUCGACUUUUAAUAUAUUGAUCAAGGCUUUGUGUAAGGCUCAUCAGGUUAGGCCGGCUAUUUUGAUGAUGGAAGAAAUGCCCAGCUAUGGAUUGUCACCUGAUGAGAAAACUUUCACAACGAUAAUGCAGGGUUAUAUUGAGGAAGGAAAUUUAGAUGGUGCAUUGAGAAUCAGAGAACAAAUGAUAAUUGCUCAAUGCUCUUUGAGCAAUAUAUCAGUUAAUGUUUUGAUUCAUGGGUUCUGCAAAGAGGGUAGGGUUGAGGACGCUUUGAAUUAUGCACAAGAGAUGUCUCUAGAGGGUUUUCGUCCUGAUAAAUUUACUUUCAAUACUUUGGUGAAUGGUUUGUGCAGGGCGGGGCAUGUUAAGCAUGCUCUAGAGAUCUUGGAUUUAAUGCUUCAGGAGGGGUUUGAUCCAGAUAUAUUUACAUAUAACACUUUGAUCUCUGGACUGUGUAAAGUGGGUGAAGUGGAAGAGGCCAUGGAAGUUCUCAAUCAGAUGCUGUCAAGGGAUUGUUCCCCAAAUACCGUCACUUAUAAUGCUCUGAUCAGCACCUUGUGCAAGGAGAAUCAAGUAGAACAAGCCACUGAACUUGCUCGUGUUCUUACAAGCAAGGGAAUUUUACCCGAUGUCUGUACAUUCAAUUCUUUGAUUCAAGGUCUUUGCUUGACCAGCAACCUUAAAAUUGCAUUGGAGCUGUUCAAGGAGAUGAAAAAUAAAGGGUGCCAACCUGAUGAAUUUACUUAUAAUAUGCUAAUUGACUGCCUUUGUACUAGGAGGAAACUGGAGGAAGCUUUGAGCCUACUGAAAGAAAUGGAAUCAAGUGGCUGUGCACGAAGUGUAGUGACUUAUAAUACUCUAAUCGACGGGUUCUGCAAAAACAAUAAAAUUGGAGAAGCAGAAGAGGUUUUUGAUCAAAUGGAACUCCAGGGUGUUUCAAGAAGUUUAGUGACGUACAACUCUCUUAUUGAUGGUCUUUGUAAGAGCAAGAGGGUGGAGGAGGCUGCUCAACUUAUGGAUCAGAUGAUAAUGGAAGGACUUAAACCUGACAAGUUCACCUACAAUUCCCUGCUCUCUCACUUCUGCAAAGCAGGGGAUAUAAAAAAGGCGGCAGAUAUUGUCCAGACCAUGACUUCAAAUGGGUGUGAACCGGAUGUUGUCACCUAUGGGACCCUAAUUCAGGGACUGUGUAAAGCAGGUAGAAUUGAUCUUGCUAGUAAGCUCUUGAGAACAAUCCAGAUGAAAGGAAUGGUUCCGUCACCACAGGCUUACAAUCCAGUGAUUCGAGCACUCUUCAGACGGAAGAGAACAAAAGAAGCCAUGAGACUAUUUAGAGAAAUGGAGGAGAAGGGUGAUCCUCCUGAUGCUAUCUCAUAUAAAUUUGUUUUUUAUGGGCUUUGUUCUGGUGGGGGACCCAUCGGAGAGGCAGUUGAUUUUGUAAUUGAGAUGACUGGAAAAGGAUUCAUACCAGAAUUCUCUUCAUUCUUUAUGCUGGCUGAUGGGCUUUGUGCUUUAUCCAUGGAGGAUACCCUGAUUAAGCUCAUCGACUCGAUCAUGAAGACAGCAAACUUCUCAGGCACUGAGGUAUCCAUAGUAAUGGGUUUCCUCAAAAUCCGUAAAUUUCAAGAUGCACUGGCCACCCUUUGGAGUAUCUUGAAUAGCCGAAAGCCCAAAAAAGGUUAUUGGUGAAGAUGAAAGGUGCUACUGACAUUACAAUCAUCUUUGGGGAAGCAGGGGCUCAAAAUAACAAGGUUCGGUCCUCGAAAGGGCAAGUUGGGUGAUUUGGAAUUCAGAGUUUUCUGUCAUUCCACUGGAUGAUGCAGUUUGAAAUAUUUGAGUUUUUAAAGAAUUCAGUGGGAAAUAUAUGACAGGUGCAGAACAUUUAAAUUGUUGUGUCUUUAGUUCUGGCUGGCCUUGCCUAUUUCCAAAUGCAGUCUCUCAUAAUUCUGUUACUCUGUGUUGUGCACCAUCAUAUUUUAUGUUUCUAAGAUUAUAAAUCAUGAAAGCAUGCCAUAAUGAUUCCAUGAUAUUGUACUCUAAAUAUGCUCAUGAUGUGGGAUUACCUUUUUUUAUUAUUCUUAUUAUUAUUUUUAUCUAAUCUUGAUUAGGUGAUUGCUUGUA